AUGCCUCCCGAUAGUAGCCUCAUACAUCUUGACGACUCAUACAUCUCUACAAACCCACCCUAUCGCAGCAACGCCAGCCUCUACCCUCUGGGGCUUCUUGACGUCUCCCUUGUGGUGAUGGACGAUGCUCGAUAUGCCAAACGAGCACGCCAGGCCUGCGAGCCAUGUCGUCGCAAAAAGUCAAAGUGCCCAGGCGAGCGUCCUACAUGCUCAUAUUGUGAGCGACUGGGACAACAAUGCGUUUACAAUGCGCCUGGCGGCGAGGUGCCAGACUCGCAACUCACAAAGCACAACAGAGAGAUGGAAACCCGACUCAAUAGUCUAGAGGAUAAGAUGGACCGCUUGAUCCAGCAUCUGAGUCCUGUGUCACAUCAUACCCAACCAUCCGUCGCGUCUCGCCAUGUGCUCUCACCAAGGCUCAGCGUAUCUGCAGAGGAAGUAGGCCCAAAACCAGACUCAGCUCCGCCAGCAUGGAGUCCUACAAGCCCAUCAAGUGCCGCCGAGGCGCAGUUGAUGGACACAGGGCGUCGCUACCUCUUAUGGUUCCACGCCCAGCCCAUCACCCUAUUCGCUGAGGAGACCUUUCUGCAUUCUCUCGCCUCGCGAGAUCCAGAGCUGAUCCUAUCGCUCCAAGCCCUGGUCCUAAGAUGUCCGCCAGGGUCCCUCACGAACCAGAUCAAACAGCAGGUGGACGACCUCGCAAGAUCGGCCCGCCGCAUGGUCAUGGAGCGAGUCACGGAAGGGCGCGUCGAGCUGUCGACGUUGCAGUCACUAUGUCUCCUGAGCAUGUUUGAUUUCGCCACUGGUAACAUUAUGCAGUCCGGGCUUAGCAUCACCACGGCGAGCCACCUCGCGCACAGCAUCCCACCAACAAACAACCCCAACAACGCUCAAGAAAGGAACUACUGCCUCAGGACAAUCAUCGUCCUCCAGCAUCUCCAGGGCUGCAUAAUGCCCGCCCCGCGACUCAUGGGCGCCCUCCCGGGCCCCUCCUCCACCAACAGCGGCUCUCACGUCCUCGGUCUCACAGCAUACUGCGGCAUCCCAGAGUACAACCUCGACGACAACCCAGACAAGAACAUCUCCACCGUCGCCUCCGACUUCUGCGUCGUCUGGAGAAUGGUUCGUGUCUACGCAUCCUCCAAAGUCAGCCCCGACGCACCACCGCCCUGGGACUCUCGCUCCGAUUACUCCAUGGUGCUGCAGAGCCACCACGACAUUGACUGCCGAGCGCCGCAGAGGUUCCGCUUCGCAACGAACCGUAUCGAUCAGCAGAGUCCUGAGUCUCUACAGGCGCAGCGGCAAUAUUGGAUUCCCUUCCUCUUCAGCCAGUUCGUCCACGAGACUAUCCCGUGUCUCCUGAACCACCCUUUCCUGCUGUCCAUGCGCCUGCGGCAUUUCCGACACACCAUACCCGUACAUUUCAUCCAGCAGUCUUUUGAGAGUAUGAAUCGGACUGCCGGCUGGAUCAUCUUCUUCUUGGACGUGAUUGAGAAGAAGUCGCUGCCGGUCAUGGACCCGGUCAUGGCGCACUGCGUCGUCAUCGUGGCGACAAUUCAUCUACAGCAUAGUUUCGUCCAUGAUCAGGUACUCAGGAGCAGAGCAAAGUCAGGCUUCGAAAAGUGUAUGAACUUUUUACGAAAAACAGGAGCCGUCUGGCCAAGCGUCGCCAACAUGACGGAACUAACCAUCUCUCAGGCAAGCAACCUCCGACGCCUCCAAGACAGCGUCGUAAUGAAAUCACCCCCUGAUCGCGGCGACAACACCUCCCAAAACCGCUCAUUCUCCAUCAAUACCCAACUCCUCUGGGACCUCCUCAUCUACGACCGCGCCUGUCGCCCCGACGCAGGCUGGGACCAGUCCAUGUUCGGCGCCACCCUCCGCUCCGACGCCCGCGAGCUCUCCACCGAGACGGGCGCCGCUGAAUUUGACCUCGUCGGCUCAGCCGGCAUCUCGGGCCACAAGGCUGUGCCCAAUGACGUGGGCGUGUACGCUCCCAAUGACGACAUUGCGCCUGUGUCGAUUGCGGAACAGGCCCCAACUUCGUCGCACCUGGUCGGGCAGGGGCUGGGUGAUAUGGGGCCGUCGUUUGAGGAUAUCUUUUUCGAGGGCGUAGGACCGUUUGGGGAUCAGUCGAAUCGUUUUAUUGAGGCGAAUGAUUACGGGAGAGCGAUUGAUGAUUGGUUGAAUCUUGAGAAUUAG